GCGACAAACACAGUAAGCUAACAUGAACGGUAACCUGUCGAAACUUGUUGGAAUGAAGGUUCAGAUCAGCCGCAGUGAUGGUCGAGUCCACUCGUCGACUGUGAAGUCCGUUGAUGAAAACAAGUCUACAGUGAUGGUGGAGUGGUUGGAGAGAAAUGCAUGCCGAGGAAAGGAGGUGGAAGUGAGCGAUCUCUUCAGUCUAAAUUCAGGCCUUUUUGAGCUUGUAAAAUCUUUUACCAACAAGAUAUCGGAGACGGCUGAGACACCAGCUGAUAUUCUAGAAACAAGAUAUGAGGGUCGAUUGCGCUCAUCCAGGAUUCCUGCUCUGUCUGCCUCUGCUACUCUGGCAAGCCCAAUGGUUCAAGAGUCAGUUUCCACUCGGUCUCGGCAGACUUGCUUGUUCCAAGCCUCGGGACCCGUUCAAGCACCUGGUUCAAGUGUGAUGUCGUCUUCAGGAAAUCCCGAGACCGUUCAGUCUGAUUUUGAUCCAUCGUCGCUCCCGACAAGCUCCGCACUUUCUAACCGUCAGCGCAGAGAAAAUGGCACUAGAGCAGGACCAUCUCUGCCAUCAUCAGUUCAUGAUGCCAGAAAGGAAAGUGAAGCUGAGCUCAUGCCUCCUCCGCCUUUAGCCAAAGGCAGAAGGAAAUCGAUGGCUGCUCAGGAAAUGAACAAAAGCAACAAAAGGCUGUCUAAUGUGAAGUCCUUUGACUUGACAAACAAGAAGGGAAAGUUCUCAGAAGCAUCUAGACCAAACCAGAAGUUCUUUGAGAUGAUCCAAGAUUACAGAGAGACUUUGGAAAUUUGUCCACUAUCAACAACGGACCUGACUGAACCACAGAAGAUCUGUGUGUGCGUUCGCAAACGGCCUCUAAACAGACUUGAGAAUACGAAGAAGGAGAUAGAUGUGGUGUCCGUACCUGGAAACGGUACCUUAUUGGUCCAUGAGCCAAAACAUAAGGUGGACCUUACCAAGUACUUGGACAACCAAGUCUUCCACUUUGACUACUCCUUUGAUGAAAACAGCACCAAUGAACUGGUCUACAAGUUCAGUGCUCAGCCCUUGGUGAAGUCCAUUUUUGAAGGUGGUAUGGCAACUUGUUUUGCUUAUGGCCAGACAGGAAGUGGUAAGACCCAUACAAUGGGAGGUGGUUUCACAGGAAGGCACCAGAACAGUGCCACAGGAAUUUAUGCCUUUGCAGCCCAAGAUGUUUUCACCUACCUCACGCACAGAAAAUAUGCUCAUCUGGAUUUGUCCGUCUAUGUCAGCUUCUUUGAGAUUUACAAUGGCAAGGUGUACGACCUGCUCAACAAGAAGGCCAAGCUCCGUGUUUUGGAGGAUGACCGACAGCAGGUUCAGGUGGUGGGGCUCGAGGAGGUCUGUGUGUCCACAGCAGAAGACGUCAUCAAGAUGCUACAGAUUGGCAGUGCAUGCAGAACGUCAGGCCAGACUUCUGCCAAUGCCAACUCGUCACGCUCUCAUGCUGUCCUCCAGAUUGGACUCCGGCGCAAUGACCGCGCCGCCACACUUUACGGCAAAUUUUCAUUGGUUGAUCUGGCUGGCAAUGAGCGUGGCACAGACGUCAGCAGCAAUGACCGCAGCACUUUGGUUGAGACCGCAGAGAUCAACCGGAGCCUACUGGCUCUCAAGGAGUGUAUCCGUUCUCUGGGAAGGAACAGUGAUCACAUUCCUUUCCGAAUGAGCACUUUAACCAAAGUGCUCAGGGAUUCUUUCAUUGGAGAAAAGUCCAAGACAUGCAUGAUUGCCAUGGUGUCUCCAGGCAUGGCUUCUUGUGAAUACACCAUGAACACACUACGUUACGCAGACAGAGUGAAAGAGUUGAAUGGCAACUCCAAAACCACUGGAGCACUUAAAGAAAAAGAGGAAAUUAACAGUUCCUCAGAAGAGGAAAGUGUUGGAAACACCAGUGUGCUUGAUGUCAUUUCUGAGGUAACAGAGUUGGAAGAAAAGGUUUACACAGAACUUAAGAGGGCAAGCCAGCUGGCAGAGAAGAUGGACCAAAUCACAUUUAAUAUUGAGGAAGGACUUCCUGACUUGAUGACCUAUUCUCAGAAGUUGAUGGACACACUUUUGGAGCUCCAGUCAAAAAUGGCCCAAGAGCGCAAGGCGAGGAUGAAACACUGAGGCUGAGAAUGAACACCC